UUACAACGUUUCCUGUUCUAGAGCGCAUCGUUAAGAAUAGGGGGGAAUUAUUAUAUUGCUAUAAAAAUCUAAAUUGUAAUAUUGAUCAUUUUCUUUAUUAUAUUAAUUACAGUUCUUUGGUCGUAUUUAAAUGGUAUAUUAGCCUGUUUGUGAAGGACAGGACAAAUUAUCACUGAUCACUGGAACAUUACCUUGUAAGUAAGGAAGAAUCGUUUAAUAUUUCACCCACGCAACGGGCACCAAAGAAAAAGGAUUUUUGUGAACCUAUUAUAAAAGAAUGAACAAAACACCUGGCAAAGCAGCGAUGAGUCGUUUCAACAUUUCACCAGACGAAGAUAGCUGCAGUUCUAACAGCAAUGAAUACGCUAGCGUUAAUCAUCAGGACUGCGCCGGCAAAAAAAUCCCGAUUAGCAGUCAGUAUCCAGAUAUGGAUCCUGAGAGUCAGAAUUUUCUCCAUAUUUAUGGAAAAAAGAAAUAUGAAGUUGAAUAUCACCCUGGCACAGCCUCGUUUGGAAUGUCAGUCUUUAAUCUGGGAAAUGCCAUCAUGGGCAGUGGGAUCCUGGGCCUGUCAUAUGCCAUGGCCAACACAGGCAUCGUCCUGUUUGUCAUUCUGCUUGUAGCUGUGUCCAUAUUCUCCCUCUACUCUGUGCAUCUUCUGCUCAAGACUGCCAACGAAGGAGGUUCUUUAGUCUAUGAGCAGCUGGGUUACAAGGCUUUCGGUAUGCCAGGCAAGCUGGCAGCAUCCUGUUCCAUUACCAUGCAGAACAUUGGAGCCAUGUCCAGCUACCUCUACAUUGUGAAGUACGAGUUACCAAUUGUCAUCCAAGCAUUCCUAGGAAAAAGUGAUGGUGAAUGGUACACUAAUGGAGACUACCUAGUACUUAUUGUAUCUGUCAUCAUCAUUUUGCCGCUUUCACUACUAAAAAAUCUAGGUUAUCUCGGCUACACAAGUGGCUUCUCAUUGUUGUGCAUGGUGUUCUUCCUAAUUGUGGUGAUCUACAAGAAGUUUCACAUCCCUUGCCCACUGCCUGACGACUUCAUCAACGUAACGGUGAAUGGUGUGCUGGUACACCUAAACACUACAGACAGGGAGGGUACCUGCACGCCCAAGUACUUUGUCUUCAACUCACAGACUGUGUAUGCUGUUCCCAUUCUCACCUUUGCCUUCGUGUGCCAUCCAGCUAUUUUGCCUAUGUACGAGGAGCUCAAAGAUCGUUCUCGGAAGAAGAUGCAGGGUGUGGCCAACGUGUCAUUCCUGGCCAUGUUUGUCAUGUACUUGCUGGCUGCUCUCUUUGGCUAUCUGACCUUCAGUGAUGCCGUUGAGCCUGAACUUCUACACACGUAUUCGAAGGUGUAUAAAUUUGACGUGGUGUUGCUGAUCGUACGCCUGGCAGUGCUGACAGCUGUCACUCUUACUGUCCCUGUCGUGCUCUUCCCUAUCCGAACCUCAGUGAACCACUUGCUAGGCGCCUCUAAAGAGUUCAGCUGGAUUCGCCACGUCAUCAUCACGUUCACCCUGCUGGCUGGAGUCAACCUGCUCGUCAUCUUUGUCCCUACCAUCAGGGAUAUUUUUGGAUUCAUUGGUGCUUCGGCUGCUGCUAUGUUGAUUUUCAUCCUGCCCUCUGCUUUCUACAUCAAACUUGUGCAGAAGGAGCCCUUGAGGUCUUUCCAGAAGAUAGGGGCCUGCUUGUUCCUCGCCAGUGGCUUCCUAGUCAUGUUUGGUUGCAUGUCUCUGAUCAUCAUGGACUGGAUUCACAAUGCUGUUGGUUCAGAGGCUCAUGGUGAUGGUCACUAAGGGGCGUGGGCUCAUCAUGAGUGACACGCAGGCUGGACAAGUCUCCAGUGGUGCUAAGCCACUGUAUGGUCCAUCACUGUUCUUAUUGCUAAAACUGCGCAAACGAAAAAAAAAAA